AAGCUUCAGCUCAAGUGCAUCAACUAUAAUCCUAGAUGAUGUCCCUAGCAAGAGACAAAGAAUUGAGGAUACACAUGAUGCUGUGUCUGCUGAACAGUUGAUUGAACCUGUGCUAAGAGGCAAGUCUGGGGGUGAAGAAGUACUACAGGAGUACCAAACAACAGAAACCCUAACAGAUGCUGCAAGAAGAAAAAUGGUUAACAUCCUGGUGGCUCACAUGAUUGACAAUCAUGGGCACCGCCCCACUAAAGCAAUCAGAGAAGAUUAUGCGCGUGGGAUAGUGAUGUUGUUCCCUUCCCUCAAGAAUCCAUACUCCAAGAAGGGCUAUGAACACUUCUAUGAUGCUGCAAGCAGCACAGGAUACAUUUCUUGGCGUCUGAAAACAGUCCAGAGGAAGAUUCGUCGAGGAUCUGCACUGCCACCAAAUAGCCCAAUUGACUUUUCUCCAGGGGGCCCAAAUUUCCAAAGGACUGUUAAUGUUGUAAGGCAGCUUGAUGGUGAUGCUUGCCAGGAGGCCAUGUCUUUGCUCAACCAUACCACAGACAAUUCCCUGAUUUUCCAGAAGAUGAGAGAGACCUUUCAGCACCGUCAGAAGCUCGUUAAUGACCCAGGAAGAAGUGUUGAUAUCCUCUCCAGCUUCCCAAGAUUCCUGGAUACAAAAGGAUUGGUGGACCAAAACUUCACUCUCCUAUUUGAUGGCGACACAUCCUCCAGGCUUCUUCAGAAAUGGGAUUUGUUCUUCAAGCCAAAUGUCAUAAAAGAGGCUAAGCGGCUCACCUCAACACCAGAGUUGCGUCACUUGGUGCAGUCAGCAGAAAGUCCCCCAGGAAGUGAUCUUGAUGAGCCAACAACCUACGACCAAGAAAUGGCUUCCCUGUUGUUGCUGUUACAUCUCCUUCCACCACCUCCAGGGGGACUGAAGUCUCCAAAAAUUAGUGCAUGUGAUGCAGUUGAGAGACUUGUUGUCUUUCAUAAGGUAAUUAUAUUAUUAACGUGAUUAUAAUAAUUUGUCACGUCACCUUCUUAGCCACAUAUGUAAAUGAGGGUUGUUAAAAAGUGGAUGGAAUUGUAAUUAAGUCUUCAUUCCCAUCUUGCACUAGCCAAUGAAAAGCUGUUUGAAUAAUCACUUCUAUAAUGUAGUUCUCUGGCUGCACAUUAUUCUUGUGUCUAACCAAAUCGCUUGCUAAAAAGCAUCAGAUGGCCAUUGCUUAUCACUGGGAAACCUUCACCCUCAAACAAAAUGAGUAUGGGCCAAUUAAAUCUUUUCUCUUCAGAGAUGAGAAUGUCGUCAACAAUGAAAUGCUUGAAACGAUCUUGUCAAAAGUUGUUUUCUCAACUAGUUGGGUUAAAGUUGAUGGUGUAGAAUAUAAAGCUGGACUAGUUAUUUGCAGUGCAAUGGAAGAAGACAUGCCAGUCUUUUGUCAAAUAAGUGAUGUACUUUUGGUUGAAGACCACUUUUUUUUGACAAACAAGCUAUUUACAGAGAAUUGAUGACCAUCAUCAUGCAUUCAGAGUAUUACGAAGUGUGGAAAGAUGUCUACUAAAAAUGUCUGAGCUUAAAUUUCAUAAACCGUUUGAUAUUCAAAGCUCAUACAAUGUUUCAGAUGAAAGUAUGUACAUUAUACCUUCAUUCACAAUGUUUUAAUUCAACUGACUGCAAGGGAGAAAAGGCACAAAUAAAUGUUUUUGAC